UAGAUCUGUUCUAUUCCAAUUUUUCUGUAUAAAAACAAUCACAACAACGAGGAUAGGAAUACUAACAAGAUCAUUUUUCUCAUAUCAAAGCUUUAGAUUUGUUUUGAGAGAGACAAAAGAGAGAGUAUGGGGAGAGGGACUCAGCUAUUUGUUGUUGGGGUGCUGUUUCUCGUAGCAUGCUCUUCCUUCCAUCAGCUCUGCGCUUCUUCUUCUUCUUCUUCUGAUGAUGAUCAUACGAUAUUUUACGACUCAUUCGACGACUCGUUCGAAGGCCGUUGGAUCGUUUCUGAUAAAGAAGAAUAUCAAGGUGUGUGGAAGCACUCUAAGAGUGAGGGACAUGAUGACUAUGGGCUUCUUGUGAGUGAGAAGGCCAGGAAGUAUGCAAUAGUGAAAGAGCUUGAUAGCCCUGUCAGCCUCAAGGAUGGCACUGUUGUCCUUCAAUUUGAGACUCGCCUCCAGAAUGGGCUCGAAUGUGGUGGUGCCUAUCUCAAAUAUCUUCGACCACAGGAGGCUGGAUGGAAGGCUAAGGAAUUUGACAACGAGUCUCCUUAUUCUAUCAUGUUUGGACCUGACAAAUGUGGGGCCACAAAUAAGGUUCACUUCAUUUUCAAGCAUAAGAAUCCCAAGAAUGGGGAAUAUGUUGAACAUCACCUCAAGUUUCCGCCCUCUGUCCCAUCAGACAAGCUAUCUCAUGUGUAUACUGCCAUUUUGAAACCGAACAAUGACGUGCGAAUUCUUAUCGAUGGGGAGGAGAAGAAGAAGGCUAAUUUCCUCUCAGCUGAAGAUUUUGAGCCUCCACUCAUUCCUGCCAAGACAAUUCCUGAUCCAGAUGAUAAGAAGCCUGAAGACUGGGAUGAGAGAGCGCAAAUUCCUGACCCCAAUGCAGUAAAGCCAGACGAUUGGGAUGAGGAUGCACCCAUGGAAAUUGAAGAUGAGGAAGCUGUGAAACCUGAAGGAUGGCUGGAUGAUGAGCCUGAGGAGAUAGACGAUCCUGAUGCAGCAAAACCAGAAGACUGGGAUGAUGAAGAGGAUGGUGAAUUUGAGGCUCCCAAGAUUGAUAACCCUAAGUGUGAGUCAGCCCCUGGUUGUGGUGAAUGGAAGAAGCCCAUGAAGAGUAAUCCAGCAUACAAGGGAAAAUGGUCUGCCCCAUUUAUUGAUAACCCCAACUACAAGGGCAUUUGGAAGCCUCAGGAAAUUCCAAACCCUGCCUACUUUGAACUUGAAAGACCUGACUUUGAGCCUGUUGCUGCUAUUGGAAUUGAGAUUUGGACAAUGCAAGACGGUAUUUUGUUUGACAAUGUGUUGAUUGCGAAAGAUGAGAAGACUGCUGAGUCAUACCGGGAGACCACUUGGAAGCCAAAAUUUGAGGUUGAGAAAGAAAAACAGAAGGCUGAAGAUUUAGCUGCUGGUUCAGAUAGUAGUCUUACAAGCUUCCAGAAGAAAGUAUUUGACAUCCUAUACAAGAUUGCAGAUCUUCCGAUUUUAAGUACAUACAAGCUUAAGAUAUAUGAUCUCAUUGAGAAGGGAGAGAAACAGCCAAAUCUCUCAAUUGGCAUCCUUGUCUCGAUUGUUGUGAUUGUCUUCACGGUAAUCUUUAAGCUUAUUUUUGGUGGGAAGAAGCAGGCAAGAGUGGAAAAGGAGAAAACAGAAGUUGCUGACACAUCUAAUAAUCAAGGAAGCAGUGGAGAUAAUGAAGAAGAGGAGGAGAAGAAGGAAGAUACUGCUGCACCUCGUCGAAGGGGGGGAUCCAGACGUGAAACUUAAAACGAUAGAAAAGGGGGGAGUUUUGAUGUUAUCAGUUUCAUUUUUGGUAAAUUUUGAGCUUAGUUGCUUGCGUAGGUCAAUUCUUGGUUGGUCGUAUCAUAUGACCAUUUGGCUUUGUUACGUACAUUUAAACGCAUGAAGAGUGUAAAUCUGGUAAUCUUAUCAGGCUCUGAUAGAUCCUUUCUUUGCUGUGUCCAAGUUAAAAUUAAUUUACAAGUGGAGGAUUUUGAAA